AUGCCCAAGAAGCCCCUUAAAUGUGGCAUCAAGGCAUGGGCUCUUACAGAUUCCAGCAUCGGCUAUAUUUCAAACUUUAAGCAAUACAGAGGUUUACAUUUACUGACACAGUUGUAUCACCAUAUCACAAUCUUUUUAAUUAAAACUAAAGGAUUGAUUGAGAAGGGUCUCAGACACAGGAUUGUGAUGCACCUGGUGACGGACUAUCAAGACAAAGGAUACACAUUGUAUAUGGACAAUUAUUAUUCCUCGCCUGACUUGUUUCACGAUCUAGUAAAGUCACGAGUUUGUGCAUGUGGUACAGUCCGUUGUGUCAG